CGGCACAUCAUACCUUUGACCAGAUCAAGGGAAGACACAUCGGCUUGGUUAAAGCGAUAAAAUAAUGAGCUAUCACUGGGUCCAGUGGAGCAGCACAUCAUAAUAGUGGUAUUUUGCUGCAGCUUGCGGCGGACGGCCCCAAUCAAGUGGAGAUGAAGAUGUCUAGAUCGGGACAGGUCAUGGCUGGUUUGAACCACAGUUCCCUCCGUCGAAUGCGUAAUAAAUCCAUAAGUCACUCGAGUUAACCAUACCUCUUAAAUGGGGAUCGAAUCGGAAGGAGAGGCGCCUUCUGCACAACGUCAUUAGCCGUCAGUCGCUGCUUAUUCAUUCAAGACCAACAAUGGUCGCACUGCUCCUUCCCUCCCCUUUCUCACCGAUUCCUAGGACGGCUUCUGUCUCACGCUUUCUAGGCUUGUAUUGAUCGCAAACUCACUGUUCGGGCGGGUGUCACUCUCCAGUGUACUUAUACACCGCGAUUAUCUUUCAGCUAUGGUUUCUACGCGACACCAUCCCCGCGACUUUCCGCCUCCAUCAACGGGAAAGGCUUCCUCGCCGUCUAACAACAGCGAUGGCGCCACGAAUAGAUGGGUCCACGCCCCAUCGACUGCGAUCAUCGUUUGGCUCGUCGUGUCAGUUCCGCUAGUUAUCUGGGGUGCAGGCUAUGUGUUGCUCCGUCCGCAUACCAUGCCAGGCAACAAAUUGCAUUCCCCUAUUUGGAUACCUUAUGCGCUGUAUGGAACAAUUGACUAUAUCUAUGGAUGGCCAGCAUUCAAUGCUCGAAACGGUUUCCCAGCAGCACUGACUGUAUUGAACCUUGUGGAAUGUGCCGGAUACAUCUAUUACCUCUGGAUUGUGUAUAGCCACGGAGUCUCAGCGUCGGGCGGUCGCGGGCAGCGCAAAGCCAAAAAGGGGCUUAUGUGGAUGUUGAGGACCGAAAAGGUAGUCUCUGGACGAACUGGAGCCACUGCACUUCUAGUCGCGUACAGCGCAUCUCUUGCGACUCUCAGCAAGACUGUCCUCUACUGCCUGAACGAGGUUUUCUCCGGCUUUGAUAACAUUGGACAUAAUGAUGCUAUAACUCUGAUCUUCCUGUGGAUUAUACCAAAUGGUCUUUGGAUUGUUUUCCCAGGGUACAACAGUUAUGUCUUGGGCGCAGAGAUUGUGGCUUCCCUUGAAAGCGCCGGGCCACGCCAGCGCGUUGGACGACCCAGGUCGUAGUCGGGAUCUGUAGCGGGAACGGUAUUUAUGCAGGGGACUGUUACAUGGCAUGCCACGCGUGGAACAUGAACCGCAGCCGACCUAAGCAUCUUUGGAUGUAAUUAUUCGACGAGUGACCUAGUCUGGAGGAUUACGCAUCGGGGUCCGGGCGACGACCGCACUAAUGUGAAGCGCUGCACCCUUAGGCAUAGAGGUAUAUCCUCAAGAGUGGACUGACUAUCUUACCGAACAUGUUCGAAGGACGAAGUAUAAUGGAGGGUAUCCACCUAGUACAGUAGAUAAUAGACCGUAAUGUCACCGCAAGGGUUUUUU